AUGUUGGGCGCACCGUCCAUCAACGUUGUGGUGCCAGAAAAAGGGGACAUCAUGUUUGGGAUGGAUAAAAUAGAACCAGCCCCGAGCCCUUCAGUAGCGCGCACCCCAGCAGUGCAGGCCAUGACCGCAGCAACCGACGACUUCACUGGCAAACACUCGAACAGCGAGUGCGAGAACUCAAGCCACGAGCUACACAAGGCAGGCCAGGCAACCGCCAAAGAGUCCGAAAGUGAGGCACCUGAGCAAGAGGAAAAGAAGUCAAGGCCUUGGUGGAUCUGGGUCCUGUUGGGCAUUCUCCUGCUUGCUGUUUAUGGGAAGAAUCGCUGGUCCACCGCCGGGGCCACGCUUAUGAGUAUGUCUGGGUUGACAUAGGUUGCUCUGAUUUGCAAGAUAAACCCGCCAUAUGUGCGUAUAAAACAGUAUGUUAUCCUAGAUACAAUAUCUACAUGUCCUUGCAUCAUGAU